AUGGCAAAUCGUCUGCUUGCCGAUCGCGACGCGCCUCCUGUGGGAUCGCGAUGGGCUUCAAACUUCGUUAAGCGCCACAAAGAGCUUACCACGCGUUUUACGCGUCGAUAUGACUAUCAGAGGGCCUUAUGCGAAGAUCCAAAGAUAAUUAAGCCUUGGUUUGAGCUUGUACGCAACACUGUCGCGAAAUACGGCAUCCUAGAUGAGGAUUUCCAUAACUUUGACGAGGCUGGCUUUAUGAUGGGCGUGAUCUCAACCACAAUAGUUGUUACAAGCUCUGAAAGACGUGGCAAGGCAAAUCUAGCUCAGCCAGGUGAUAGAGAAUGGGUUUCAGUACUUCAAUCUAUUAAUUCUCGAGGGGAGGCUAUCCCGCCAUUUAUUAUCGUUGCGGGGCAAUAUCACCUCGCUAACUGGUACGAAGAUAGCGCGUUACCAAAGGAUUGGGUUAUCUCAACAACUCAUAACGGCUAG